AUGGCUCACCUGAGAAAGGCAGAUGUUUCAUCCCUGGAUGCCGACUUGAGAGAUUUAAGAAGAAGCAAAUACAACAGUAAACUAGCAGACGAAGCAAGAGGCUGGAUAUUCAACAUUAUCGGAGAGAGUGAGCCACAGCAGGACCUCAUUCAGGUGUUGAAGACAGGAGUUGUCUUAGGGAAGUAUGCUUACACAUUAGCCAAUGCCCUCGGUGGCGCAGUCAAGUUCAAAGACAGUAAGAUGCCCUUUGUUCAAAUGGAGAACAUUGCCAAUUUCCUCACGUUUGUGAAGUCGUACGGCAUACCAGAGGACGAGACGUUCCAGACAGUGGACCUGUACGAGGAAGGCGAUAUUGCAAGUGUAUUACAAACCAUAGUUUCGCUAUCCAGAUAUGUGCACGAGAAGUCACCAUCAAUCCCUGUGAUUGGCCCAAAGUUGAGCACAAGACAGCCACCUCCAAAGGUCCCGAAGAAACCUUCUCAUCUCUCCAAAGGCCCGGCAUGGAGCUCACUGGAGUACGGUUACAUGAAAGGUGCCUCACAAACCUCAGAGGGCGUUGUGUUCGGAAAGCAUAGAAACAUAACACAGUAG